GAAUAAGUCUCUCACUUGGCAUUAGAGAAGGAAGUGUUGUGAUUUCUUCUUCUUAUACAUGUCUACUACCAACAAUUAUAGCUCCAGUUCCUUAUCUAAUGAAGAACUUAUGGAACGAUUUCAACGCCAGAUGCAGUUACAGUAUUCUCAGAAUGUAUUGGAAACAGUUACUGAUAAAUGCUUUCAUAAAUGUAUUGCCAGUCCGUCUUCCACGUUAAGUACAAACGAAAAAGAGUGUUUACAAAGGUGUAUGGAUCGCUUUGUAGAAGCUAUGAAUCUUGUGGGGAAAACGUUGGCAGAAAAGAGUAGUUAGUAACAUAGGUAAUAAAGUAUCUCCACUUGUGUCAUAAGAUGGUUUCACCAAAAACCGAUAAUCACUUUCAGAAGAGGUAAACGCACCUUCUCAAAUUCAUUUUCUGGAAUCCUUUCGCCGUUUCCUU